AUGGCAAACAUCGAGAAACUCCAGUUCCCGGCCCUAAAAAUAACUGGCGAAAAUUACGUCGGAUGGGUCACAAACGUGAAACCAUAUCUGGUGAUGAAAAAGAUAACCGAAACAAUUGUAAUCGGUAACAAAUCACCACCCGAGCAUAUAGCCGAAGCGAUAAUCUUCCUGAAGAAGCAUUUAGAUGAAAAUCUAACGCACGACUAUGCAAACGUCGAGGACCCAGCUGAACUGUGGCAAACUUUAAAAGAAAGGUUCGAUAACCAGAGACAAAUCAACCUCCCUCACGCUCUAGAAGAGUGGAAAAAUCUGAGGUUCCAAGAUUUUCAAAAGGUUGAGGAUUACAAUUCCGCUGUCCUGAGGAUAGUUUCACUCCUGAAAAAAUGCGGGUACACGAGAUUUUCUGAACUGAUGGUUGCGCUCAUGUUAGCUGAAAAGAACAAUGAGCUCUUGAUCAAAAACCACAAUUCCCGACCUACGGGAGCCAAAGCAUUCCCUGAAGUGAAUGCUACGGCGAUAGAAAAUUCGGAAAGGAGAAACCAGGCCAAUCGAGGUCAUGGCCGCCGUUUCAACAACAAACGUGGAAAAACUUACAAUCCCAAAUGGAGGGGAUCUAACAAGUGGGUUAGACCCGGGCAAGUUUCCAAGGGUAAAGAAACUCAAGAGGAUACCACCCAGAAGCGUGAGACAGUGUGUUACAGAUGUGGUUGUAAAGGACAUUGGUCCCGUACCUGUCGUACUCCUUCACAUCUCUGUAAGUUAUAUCAAGAGUCCACGAAAGGAAAGGCUAAAGAGGUGAACCUCACGGAAAAUGUUGAAGGGACCUCAUACCUUGAAUCCUCCGACUUCGCUAAUGAGCUGGACUAG